UCUUUGAGGGCUAGGGAAACUUGGAAUCCUUUUCUAUCUAUGAUAUAUUAUCAUACAACAACUGCAGAGGACGUUGGGUUGGAUCUUAAUUCGGCGUGCAGCCACCACAAAUUCAAAAAUUCUUUAGUUUAUCUACGAUUUGUUGAUUUGUUUUUAAAUUAUGAAGAGGACUUUUGAAAGCGGAUCUUCCUCUGAUGGGGAGCUGGAAAGUCCCGCUAAGUGCCCAUUUAUCCAUGCUGAAGCCCCACCUCCACCACCAGAGGAAUUUGUUCCGCCACCUCCUGAUGAGGAAGAGCUGCCGCCGCAGCCGCCGGAAGUGGAGGAGGGCGAGUCUAGGAACGGAGACACGCCAGUGCCGGCUGAAUUCUUAUCAUUUGAUAUUCUGGACGAGUACCAUUACUUCAAUGCCGAAGAACAAGCUGAAAGGGUGUCUCCUGAUGAUGACGGAGAUUCCAAUCAAAUGUCAUUUGAUGAAUCAUCUGAAGAGUCUGAUGUGCCCGUGGAUGAAAUCCACAAUAUGCUGGAAGAAGGCGUGACUGCCGAAAAGAUUAAGGCGAAGAAAGCUGAAAUGGAGAAGAACGACGAAGACGUAGUUGAAAAGGAGAAAAUUGUUUUGAAUGAAAAGGACCACAAUCACUUUGAUGUUUUGCCAGAGGGCUGGAUUAAAAUCACGCACGAGUGCGGCAUGCCUGUAUAUUUACACAGGAAAACUAGAGUGUGCACCAUGGCGCGCCCUUACGCACUGGGCACAGGCAGUGUCAGGAAGCACAACAUUCCUCUCAACGCAAUUCCUUGCUUGCACUAUGCUAAAAUUCAGGAAAGAGAGACCAAGCCAAAGGAGGUUAAGCAAACAGACAACGAUUCAAACGCGCCUGCAACUGGUCGUGAGUUUUUUGAUAAUUAAAGAGUUAGCAUAUUUUAUAAUGGAAUUUUAGAAGCUGAUCUUCCAAAAGUACGGGUUGAAACCGUGAAGGAAAAUAUUGAGAGCAAUACAGUCACCUCAACAGAACUUCAAAACUACUGCAAAUCUAGAUUUGAAUUCAAAACAAUCAAAGUCAAGAGAUUCAACUCUUGGAUUUCGCGCCGCCGAUUCUCAAAAAUGGAGAGAGCUCAGAAACAGCUAACAAGGUCUACUUUGCCAGAGGGCACGAAUCUGAUUACUUUUCCACUCUACAAUCCAAAUGAAAAUGAAGAUGACAGGGCGGGCUCUGUGGGACCAAGAAAAGAGUGGGUGAUGAACCCAAACGGCAAAAGCUAUGUCUGCAUACUUCAUGAAUAUGUCCAGCAUGCGUUGAGAAAGCAGCCAGAGUAUGAGUAUAAAGAGCUGGAAAACGCUGCAACUCCAUAUUCUGCAACAGUGAUAGUUAACGACGUAAGAUAUGGCCAAGGAUUUGGCACUAGCAAGAAGCAGGCCAAGUCAGAAGCUGCUAAAGAAACCCUGGAGAUGAUGAUUCCAGAAAUCAGGAAAGUCAUGAAGCAGGACAGUAAAGGGCGCUACACUUCCAAUGAUACUGAUCUAAAUUAUUUUGAUAGCAUCGACAUUACGGACCCAAGAGUUCCAGACUUGUGCGCUAAAACGUGUGAACUAUCGCCUUAUGGGAUCCUCCUCAUUUGCUUGCAAAGGAACAUUAAGCUGGAGAAUAUGAAGAUCGAGUAUGACGUCAACACUUCAAAGCACCAGAAAAACGAAUACACCAUGCGUGUCGGAGAGCACACUGCCACAGUACCUUGCAAAAACAAGCGAGAUGGCAAGCAGCGAGCUUCACAGGAAAUUUUAAAACAAUUGCAUCCCAACGUGAAAAGUUGGGGCUCACUCCUGAGGCUCUACGGCACUAGAUCUAUCAAAAGCUUGAAGGAGAAGAAACAAGAGGAGAAAGAGAUUACGGUGCUGCAGAAAGAAGCUUCACACAACUCGCCAAAUUACGCGAUUUUAGAGAAACUCCGGAAGGAAAUGAUGGCUCUGCACGAAAAACAGAGCAAAAUUAAACCAAUCGGAGUUUUCAUUCCACCAGGAAAUGUUUCACAGCCCUCCUCCUCUAUGUCAAAGGAUGCUGUUUCUAGCAUUUGAAAUUAUAGUCGUGGAAACGACAACUUUUGGGUUUUGUGUAUCAAGCCUUACUUAGUCUCACAUUGUUAUAAGAUUUCAACACUCUGUUAGUGACUCUUAGUAAACUCAAAAUAAAAAAUUUGCUGACAAGA